GAUCAUCUCCAUGAUCAGUGUCCAUAAAUAGUUCCACUUGGUUCACUCUCCUUGCAAGCACUUCAUUACUGAAGAACCAAAGCUAUUAACUAGCUUUGCAUCUUCAUAUCAAAUUAUAGAAUUCUCUUGUAUAAAGAAUAGCAUGCAGACUUCUUCUUCUUCUUCUUCGUCUUCUUCUUCUUCUUCUUCUUCUUCUUCUUCGUCUUCUCCAAACUCGGCAAUUAAACGAGGACAGAAGAAUGGCCAACUUCAGGCAUUUAGGCAGACAGAGCAAAAAGGACAACUCAAAGAGAAAAAGUUGGGAGGAUCUGUCUCUGAGGAGGCAAAGAAUUCUAAACCGCAGAAUUUACAUAAACCUCCAGUUAAGGAACAUACUAAAGCCAUUGAACAUUAAACUUCAUUCUGAGCAAAGAGCAGCACGGCGUGCCGGUUUCAAUGAUCUGGUUGCAAGCAAGAUAAAGUCUCUGGAGUUACUGAGAAGGUUUGAAGAGAAAAUUCAAAAGGUUAUAGAAGAAGAGGACAUCAAGAGUUUGAGAAAGGAAAUGGUCCCAAAAGCUCAACUGAUGCCUUUGUUUGACAGGCCAUUCACUCCACAAAGAUCAAACAGGCCUUUGACAGUGCCAAAAGAGCCAAGUUUUCUGAGAAUGAACAAGAAAUGCAGUAUCAAUGAGGACCCAUACACAAGAUGCACCAAUAUUUUACUGAGAUUGUGAAGAAAACCAAUCAAAUCAUGCAGGAUUUGCACAUGAAGGCAUGCUUUUUCAGGAACUUAUCAUUUGUUCUACUUUUUUUAAAUGUUUAUCCCAAUGUUUUUUGCAGUUUAAUCCUUUUUGCUGCUGAUGUGAUAAGGAUUAAGGACUAGCUCUCUGAGUUUUUUUUUUAUUUUUUUUAUUUUUUCUUAUCUUUUUUCCAUUGUCAAGGCAAUGUGAAUCAGUAUCGUUUCUAUAUAUACUUGUCUUUCAGUCAUUUAAAGGAGCAAAUCAAACUGCAGACAGUGUUGUCCGUGGU